AUGGCUACGGGUUCAGAGACUAAUACGUUUCAUCGUAGCACCUUGCUGUCAAAAAUUCAAAAUCUAAUCCAACUUGUCCAUGAAAGCAAAGAUGAUUUCAAGAAAAUUCUCACAGAAGAGAACGUCAAAUCACUAUACCCUCGGUACGAAAUGCUUGAUAAGUUUCGUAGCAGAUUUGAGGAGUUCAUCGAUCAAGCCAUUGAAUUUAACUCUGAAAAUCCUGAUAAUGAAAUCGAUUUCCUGCCCCUACAAUCUGAAUUUAACAGAAUUCUCUGUGACUCUCAGAUGAUGUACCUAAGAGUUUCCGCUAAAAGAGUCGCCAAUGAAAAUGCAUCCGGUAAUAGCUCAACUCUUAUCAACACCACUGCCCAGAUGCUUGGGCCCAAGAUACGAUUACCCAAGCUGGAGCUAACGCAUUUCUCUGGACAAAUUGAGAACUGGCGCACCUUUUACAACCUGUUCAAAGCCUCUGUUCAUGAUUCCGCUCAUUUACAAGAGGUCGAAAAAUUCCAGUAUCUAAUCGGCAGUCUCCGUGGUGAUGCUCUCGCCCUGAUUAAAGGCCUAGACAUCACAGCGGCCAACUACGCUGUUGCAUGGAACCUACUGUGCAAAAGAUAUCAGAGCGAACGCCGGCACGUGUUUCAUCAUUUCACCGGCCUACUAGAUUUACCCGAGAUCAAGAACAGCAACCAGGUGCAUACUCUCCUCACCAAGCUUCGGGAGCACACUCAAGCUCUCACAGCCUUAGGCCACGAGUCCGAGUCUUAUGACGGCAUGCUCACUGCGGUGCUCAUCCGUAAAUUGUCACCUGGACUGUGGCGUCGCUUCGAAGAUUUCCGCGAGGCAGCCGAUAAUGCAUAUCCUAAAUUAGCAGAAAUCAUAGCUUUCCUCGAAAAAGAGCUCAUGUUUUCUGACGACAUUUUUACCUCCCGCAAAGAGGGUACGGCACCAGAAAAAGUCUCAAAAACUUUGGUAACUACGUCAGGUGGUGAAAAUUCAAGCAAGAAAAAGAAAGCUAAAGAGACAGACAGUGUCUUUGUCACCGCUACAGAGGCCAAAACUGAAGACCGCGCGCCCAGUUGCCUCAUUUGUCCUGAAAAACAUUGGCUCAAUCGCUGCCCUCUGUUUCUCCGAGACCCACCCGACAAGAGGCUAGAAACCAUCCGGAAUCACCAUCUAUGUCAGCUAUGCUUCAGCCCAAAACACGAGCUGGGUAAGUGCCCUCGCAAUUUCGAUUGUCACCUUUGUCAUCAAAAACAUAGCGUCUACCUUCACGGGGCGGCUGGGCUAGCACCCAAAAAUCCUGAACCGCAGACCGAGGAAAGACCGCAUGUGGCUAUGGUCAGUUCAUCGUCCCAAGAGGAUACACUCGCAUUGCUCGCCACGGUUCAAGUAGAGGUCUGCUCAGCCAAAGGUUCGAUAAACGUAAGAGGAAUCCUGGACUUAGCUUGCCAAUCCACCUUGGUGACCACAGCAUGCGCAAAAACUUUACAACUGCCAAUUGACUCAAACCUGUUUUCCAUCAACGGAGUUUCCGACAACCCCGUGAAAACACGGGGCUCAACUCGCAUCACGCUCAAGGCCAAAGGAAAGACGCUGGCUAAAAAUCAUGUAGUAACAGUUGUAGACAAAAUCAUCAACGCAACUCCAGCCCAGCAUCUGUCACCGACGAUUAGAGCGCGCCUGGCAGGCCUACCAUUGGCUGAUGAGUUUUUCGAUGUACCAGCCCCUGCCGGGAUCCUCAUCGGAGUGGAUAUCCUACCUAGGUUGCUGUGCGGUGAAAUCAUUUCCUUCGGAGACGGAUUUCCAGUAGCCCUCAAAACCAAAAUCGGUUAUGCGUUAUUCGGCACAGCACCAGUGCUUAAGAACGCUCAUGCACUCAUGGUCUGCACUUCCGAUGAGUCCGAACUGGAUGACAAAGAAUCACCACACAACCCACAAGUAUCCUCCAAAGAACUUCAGAAAUUUGGAGAAUCACAGCCCGCCAUUACUAUCAACACAUCAGACUUUCCCGCAGAAAAGCGCAUCAACAAAGCCACUGUAAGAUUACCCUCCAGUGACUUUCGAGUCAGGCUUCCUUUUGCGAAAGCUCUAGAAGUGGUUGAGGCCUCAUCACCUCAGAUUCUCAUACGUCUCAAAAUCUUAGAGACUCAGUUCAAGUCUACACCUGAGCUGAAAGAAAAAUAUGUCAGAUUAACUCAAAGCUAUUUAGGUGCAGGGCAGCUGGCCCUAGCAACUGCCGAUGUUUUGCACCGCGCCAACUGCAUAAUGCCUCACUCGACCGUGAUUUCACCCACCGGUAAAAUCCGAAUUAUAAGCAAUGCCCGUGCUAAUUGUGAGACUGCAAGUGGCCCUUCGCUGAACAACGUGUUCCAUAUCAAACCGAACACUCUGAAAGACGGCCGGGAGAUCAUCCUGAACUCUCGUCGUCACAACCUAAUGUUUUCAUACGAUCUCAGGCAAAUGAAUCUACAAGUCGCCCUUCAUCCUGAUGAUCACCAAUACCGGUUAAUACUCUGGAGAUUCAACGAAAAACCUCUCCGGCUGUAUCAGUACACCAACGUCUCUUUCGGAAUCGCAAACUCCAACUUCUUGACGGCUUGCGCGUUCAACAAAUUAGCCGCCCAGCUUCAAGAACAGUUUCCGAGCACUUACGAAAUGCUCAUGGAAGAAAACUAUGUCGAUGACGCAGCGGGGAUCAGUCGUGUCACAGACACCCUCCAGUUGCGCCAAGAGCUAACCGCCUUGCUAGACCGCGGGAAACUCAAGCUGCGGCGAUGGCUCGACACCGACCCUCGAGCACCGGAAUCUUAA